UUGCAAAAAUCUCAGCAUUUCAUACGAGUUAUUUUUCGAUAUAGUUUGGUGGAUAAUAGAGAAGUGAGUGGUGAGAGGUCCUGUGUUCGAUCUUGCCCGAGUCAAACCAAACUUUCCAUCUAUUCGGGCCCGUUUCGUUAUGCGACGUGGAUGGAAUUGGUGCUUUUGUUCAUCGGUAUCGGAGUGUCGUUGGUCACUGGUGCCGGUCUACCUCUUCUGUCCAUUCUUCAAGGAAAGGUUACACAAUCUUUUGUUUACGAAGAAAUAGUUACUAGUUGUUUAGGACCAGAAUUCCACUAUAACGAUACGGAUUUUACAAAUGAUGUCAUGAACAUUAUCUACUGGUACAUAGCCAUGGCUACCGGAAUGUUUCUAGCUGCUACUGUCACUUGCUUCCUUAUCGUUUGUGAACAAAUGAGUAAUCGUAUUCGUCGAAAAUUCGUGCAGGCUACUCUACGCCAGGAUAUCCCAUGGUUCGACAAGAACGACAGCGGGACGCUGGCCACAAAGUUAUUUGAUAAUCUCGAACGAGUUAAGGAGGGUACUGGUGAUAAGAUUGGUCUGAUGUUUCAGUACACCAGUCAAUUUGUUACCGGUUUUGUAAUCGCGUUUAUGCAUAGUUGGAGGUUAACACUUGUUAUGUUAGCCGUCACCCCUCUUCAAGCAUUGUCAGGAUUCGCUAUUUCUAGGUCCAUGUCUACUUUUACAAUGGCCGAAACGAUCAAAUACGCAAAAGCCGGAAAGAUUGUUGAACAGACAAUCUCGUCCAUACGUACCGUCUGUGCUUUGAAUGGUCUUAGAUUUGAAAUCGAAAGGUAUAAAGCGGCUCUGUUAGAGGCACGUCGUGCAGGUAUACUUAAAAACCUCUUUGUUGGGCUAUCAUUCUGUCUGAUGGGGUUUACAAAUUUCUCAUCGUAUGCGCUGGCUUUCUACAUUGGAAUUACAUGGGUUGUUGACGGUGACCUCAAAAUGGAUGAUCUCUUGACGACUUUCUUCUCUGUGAUGAUGGGUUCGAUGGCACUAGGUCAAGCCGGACCACAGUUUGCUGUCUUGGGAGCAGCUCAAGGGGCUGCAGCCAGCAUAUUUGAAGUUUUGGAUAGGGAGCCGGAAAUUGACUCCCGUAGUAGCACAGGUCGACGAGGAAUGACAAUCAAAGGCAACAUUGACAUGAAGAACGUCGUAUUCAACUAUCCGUCGCGUCCGGAUGUUCAGGUUCUGAAGAAGCUCUCGCUAAACGUAAAAGCUGGAGAGACGAUCGCGUUGGUUGGUUCAAGCGGUUGUGGAAAGAGCACUAUUGUCAGUCUGCUUCUUCGCUACUAUGAUGUUCAAGCAGGAGAGAUCAUGAUCGAUGGUGUUCGAAUCUCCGAAUUCAACAUUGAAUUCCUACGAAAUCAAAUCGCCGUUGUCUCACAGGAGCCGAUUCUUUUCAAUUGUACAAUUGAAGAGAACAUAAGAUACGGCAACCUCAAUAUCAGCCAACAACAACUAGUUAAGGCCUGUCGUAUGGCAAACGCGGAGAACUUCAUAAACAGUUUACCACAAAAAUAUCAAACAAUUGUCGGCGAUCGUGGUGUGCAGUUAUCCGGUGGCCAGAAGCAGCGAAUCGCAAUCGCACGAGCGCUGGUCCGAGAUCCGAAAAUCCUAUUGCUGGACGAGGCUACCAGUGCUUUGGAUGCAGAAAGUGAAGCAGUUGUGCAAAGAGCCCUUGAAAAGGCUUCUGUUGGCCGGACGACGAUUAUUAUUGCACAUCGCUUGUCGACUAUCAAAAAUGCUAACAAAAUUAUUGCCAUCAAAGAUGGUGAAGUGGCGGAGUUUGGUACUCAUGAGGAACUAAUGUCGACUAGAGGUCUCUAUUACGAUCUCGUUCAAGCACAAACAUUCAUCGACCUAAACGACGUCAACGGUAUACGGGAUUACAAUCCACUUAAAAGAUUAGGAAAGAAACGUGUACGUUGUUCAGAAAUACGAUCGGCCAGUAUUAUGACGCAAGAUCGACAACCCAUUGAUGAAACUAAAGACAAAAAGGACGAUAUCACCCGACUGCGCAAAGAAAUGAAAGCCGAAGGAGUUAGAAGAACGAAUCUGAUUGAAAUUCUUGGUUACACUAGACCUCACUGGAAAAUGACGUUUAUUGGUUUUGUCACAUGCAUUAUUGCUGGCCUCGUGUUUCCGAGCUAUUCUGUGGUCUUCAUGCAAUCUUUUUCUGAUACCUCGACGCUGUUAAAAACUGGUCACUUUUGGGCGUUGAUGUUUCUUGUGUUAGCGUUUGUCCAAGGAACAACGAUGUUCUGUCAGACAUUUUUUAUGGGUGUCGCAGCUGAAAACUUAACAAUGGAUCUCCGUUCGAAGUUAUUCUCAAAUCUACUUUCACAAGAUAUAGGAUAUUUUGAUUCACCACUUCACGCUUGUGGGAAGCUCUGUACUCGACUCGCUACAGACGUACCUAAUCUCCGAUCGGCAAUCGAUUUCCGAUUGACUGCAGUAGUGGGCACGUUGGUCUCAAUCGUCGCUGGUGUUGUGCUCGCAUUCUACUACGGAUGGAGAAUGGCUCUUCUGGUUGUUGGCAUUCUUCCAAUACUUGGUAUUGGCCAGUCAUUGCGGGUAAGAGUAAUGAAAGGCCAGCAUCGAAAAAACGCCAAGGAUUACGAGGAUUCUGGAAAGGUUGCAAUGGAGGCAAUCGAGCACGUACGUACCGUACAAGCUCUCAACAAAGAGGAGACGUUUCACGAAAAAUUCUGCCGUUAUCUUGACGCUCCACAUUAUGAUGCACUUCGUGAAGCUCCUAUCCAGGGACUUGCUUAUGGAUUCGCAACCUCUGUCAUCUUUGUAAUGGGUUGUUGUUCGUAUCGAUUAGGACUUGCUCUCGUUCUCAACAAUUCGAUGCUACCAAUAAGAGUGUUGAGGGUGAUGUACGCCAUUACGUUGUCAUCUUCGACGCUUGGAUUCGCAUCUGCUUACUUCCCAGAGUAUAUGAAAGCAUCAUUUGCCGGCGGAAUCAUUUUCAACAUGCUAAAGCAGAAAUCGGCUAUAGAUAAUAUCAGCAACGAGGGAAAGAAAGUGAAUCUAAGUGGUGCUUUGACAUUUGACAGUGUACGAUUCUCCUAUCCACAACGUCCACAAGUAGAAGUCCUUAAGGGUUUAUCUUUUACGGUGAAACCCGGCGAGACCUUGGCACUCGUUGGUCCUUCAGGAUGCGGAAAGAGCACCGUAGUAUCGCUGAUCGAGCGCUUUUAUGAUGUUAAGGGUGGCGAAGUGUUACUCGACUCACACGACAUUCGCUCAUUAAACCCUAUCCAUACUCGAUCACAAAUCGCCAUCGUAUCACAGGAACCGAUUCUUUUCAAUUGUUCUAUUGCGGACAAUAUUGCCUAUGGAGUGGAAGACCGUCCUUCUCCGGCCGAAAUAGAAAUCGCCGCUCGCAAAGCGAACAUCCAUUCAUUCAUCAGUGAACUGCCCGAUGGUUACAAGACUUUCGUUGGUGACAAAGGCACUCAACUCUCUGGUGGUCAGAAACAACGUAUCGCCAUCGCUCGGGCCCUCGUAAGAAGACCGAAGAUUCUGCUUCUGGAUGAAGCGACCAGUGCACUGGACACCGAAAGUGAGAAAGUAGUCCAAGAGGCAUUGGAUCGAGCACGUGAAGGCCGUACGUGCAUAGUGAUUGCACAUCGUCUGAGUACAAUCAUAAAUGCAGAUUCGAUUGCUGUGGUGAAAGGAGGAGUGAUCGUUGAACAAGGUCAUUAG